CCUGGGGCCAUUUCCCCCUCCUCUUCCGCUUUCUCCCACCGCGAGGAGCUUCUCAGUACAGCUCCCCUGAGGCAGCCUCGUGGCGGGGGCAUCCCGGCGCGAGGACAGUCCCAUCCUCCGGAGCGGCGCGCGACCAUGUGGAGGCGACUCGCGCGCCCUCUCGGCGCGCUGCCAAAGGUUCCCGGAGAUCCUUUCUGUGCCAGAGUCCUCAGUGCUGGUCUGAAGAGCUACGUGCUUCCCCAGGAUUAUACCAGUGAGUGCUGGGCAUGGAGAAAUGCCAAGACGGAAGGGCAGCAGGUGCCCUGUGAUGUUGGACACAUUUGUCAACCUUCCUUGGAAAAGUGUUGGGGGAAGAUGUUGAGUGGGGGCUGGAGUGACAUCUCCAUCCCUGACAGACCCAAACUGAAGUUCAUGGACAAAGUUCCAAGUGUACCUAAAGUGAGGCGGGAAUUCAAAAACCUACGUGACAUCCGUGGCCCAUCCACUGAGGCCACUGAGUUCACCCAGGGACAGUAUGGCAUUUUGGCAUUGGGCGGUGGUUACCUUCAUUGGGGUCACUUUGAAAUGAUGCGCCUAACCAUCAAUCGUCACCUCGAUCCCAAGAUCAUGUUUGCCGUGUGGCGCAUCCCAGCCCCUUAUAAGCCCAUCACCCGCAAGAGCCUAGGCCAGCGCAUGGGCGGGGGCAAAGGUGCCAUCGACCACUAUGUGACAGCAGUGAAAUGUGGCCGCCUCAUUUUGGAAGUGGGUGGGCACUGUGAGUUCGGGGAGGUGGAGCACUUCCUCACACAGGUGGCCAAGAAGCUGCCGUUCCCAGCCAAGGCGGUCAGCUGCCAGUCUCUAGAGGAGAUGCGCCAGGCGGAAGAGGAGAGAAGACGCAAAAAUCAGAACCCAUGGACCUUUGAGCGUGUCAUCACCUCCAACAUGCUGGGGAGCCGCAAGGUGCUGAGCCCCUACGAUCUGUCACAGCAGGGGCGCUACUGGGGCAAGUUCUUUCUGAAAGACAGAGUGUAAUGACCAAGUAGGGGUAGGAGGGAAAAAUAUCAGGGACAGGUGCCUGGAAGGAGGAUCAAGGUUCCUUCCUCAGCAGCUGCGAGGCCCCUCUUGAAGUGGUAGGCUCUCUAGGGCAGGCAUUGCUGUGGAGAUCUGCCUCAGCUCUAAAGGUGGCUGAGUUGGGUGCAGUAAACAUGGAGGUGCAAGGGGCAGGUUGGGGUAACCAGUGAUCAUUUUGGAUUAAUAAAGCUUUCCUACAGUGG